AUGCAGCAUGACGUGUUCAACCCCAGAAGCGAGAACAGAAUGUCCCACUGGGGUCUUAAAAUUGACUUUGAUGUAUCUAAAAUACUGGAUGAAAUCCUACAUUUUGAAGAUGAAUUACAGACAGAUUCAUGGAAAAAGUCAAACCGAAGUAUAACAGGAAUGAUUGAAAACUGUUUUAAUCAAUGCUUGGAAGCUCGCCCUGAUGACCCUGAUGGUUGUAGUGCUGUCUUUACUAAUCCAGGAAGAGAUCAGCAAACAUUUGAGCUUCAGCUCUAUAGAACUAAUAGUAUGUGUGAUGGACUCUCUGUGGUGUUCGCUGUAAAAUGUAAAAAUGAAAAAUACUAUCUGUGCUGUGCAAAAGACAUGAAGCUUUAUUUCAAGAAAGGAGACUGUCCCAACAGUAUUGCAGGAAACUAUAGCGAUAUCAUCUUUUUUCAAAAGCGUUUCAGCGAAGGUGACACCAACAGCUUCAAAUUCCAGUCAUCUUUACAACCGGACUAUUACUUAGCAUUCAGCGACGAAGGUGGAAAACACAUAUUAUUCCUCAAGAAAUCUUGUGAUGAGUUGGAUGAAACAAAAAGAUUUUUUAUAAAGUAAUAAUAUUUUUGCAAAAGCAGAUAGUAUGGUAUAUAUGGGAAACCAAAGGAGUGUAUGGCUUUUAGGCAUAACAUUCAUUUGUAAAAUUAUGAGGACUACGUCAUAUUUUAUACUGGACAUCUAUGAGUGAAGUUAUCAAUAACCUGCACCAUGAUAUUAAACAGGCGAGUAUAUGUUAAUGUAUAUGGCACAUGCAACCCUUCAAAUACCAAAUGGCAAACCAUAGAAGAGUACAGUAUGCCACUGUUCUGUUGUAUAAAACUCUCAGCCCCAGACCUUGAAUUAUCACACUAACAUAAGAACAUUGUAUGCCGAUUCCGUAUGGGCUUUCCCUGAAUACACUGUAUAAUAAAAUAUUUGGGCUGAAAUAGUAUACUGCUAUUAAAAACAAUCAUAAAACUACCUAAGGAACAAAUAUUAUCACUAUACUGUUGCCAAACAAAGCCUAGUAUACCAAGACCAA